AUGAAUAAAAUAUCAAGUUUACAUGUAGCACUACCAGAAAUGGCAAUAUCUGAUCACUUAGCUCUUGACUUUGAAUCAUAUCCAUUCACAAUAAGGCAUCCAACAACAAAUGAAGUCAAAUUUGGUGCCAAAUCAAUAUACUAUCGUAUUUUUGGAUUCCCAUGUUCAAUUGACACUGGCCCAGGCUGUAAUGAACGUAUCGAUGGAACAUUCAUAACGGAAGAUGUUAAUUUGAUAACAGAGUUUAUCAAGAGUCGUGGUGGUAUGCCAUCGUUAAAAAUUCACGAUUUACCAGAAGAUUUGCAACAAAAACACAUGUCUUAUCGUAACCGAGAUCAAGAUUAUCCAGGAAAGAUAAUAUUUGAUGCAUAUGAACAAAUUAAUGAUCUUUGGAGACCGCCUAUUGAUCUCGGUGAAGGAAGUUUAGAGCUUUUUCUACAUGACACGCUUAGAUGCUCUCAACCUGUGGCCGAUAAAUCAGACACAGUCACAUUUAUCUAUCUGGCUGGCCAUGGAUUAUCGAAACCAACAAUAGACAAAUUAUUAGCUGGCUCCUCAUUGGGUGAUAUAAACAAAAACUUGAAUGAGAAACACGCAACGACUAUGUUUGUUCAUGAAUUUACUACCGGAAGUCCAUAUACGCCCAAGACUGGUGACAUCUUAGCCUAUGCAACAUUUCUUGAUCAGAAUAUUUUUCUCGAUGAGUUUGUGCCUUGUAAGACUUUUCAUGGAAAUCCUAUCAUUAGUCGUCAUCUAAUAUUAUUAGUAGAUUCAUGUUAUUCUGGUAAUUGGAUUGAUCAUUUGUACAGAAUUAAGUCUCGUCUUAGAUUUAAUAAAAAUAUAUCAGUAACGAUACAAACAAGUAGUACUGCUGAAAAAUCAUCAAAUGGGCUCUACUUUGUACCGUUAUUUAUUAAAUUUCAAAACUUGACCGAACAAGAAUUAACUGAAAUUUGCGAAGAAUAUGAACAGCUUGAUGAUAAACGAAAGGAAGAUCUAACAAAUCGUGCGGUACAAUUACCAUUAUUUUACUGUGCAUAUAAUAUUUCGAUAAAAUUAUUUAAUCCUGAUGAUUCGAAUGAUGAAAAAAGUCUUUUUAUGUCAACUAAUGGGGAUGAUCAAUUAUUCUUUCGUAUACACGGCUUCCGAUUUUUUACAAAAAAAUCGUUUUUUGCCUUUUUCGCUGAUAAAUAUAAAGAAUUAUCAAUAAUGUUAACUCCAGAUAGUGAUGAAUUAACAGUUAGACCAAUAUUACCACCAAAUGAAACUGAUCGAUUCAUGAAGACCUUUAUCUCAUUAAAUCCCUCAGUUCAAAAAUAUCAUGAAGCGUUGCCAAGCAUGCAGUAUAAUAAAGAUGUUCCAAAAAUGAUAAUAAUUGGUAUGAAAUUGAAAAUGGCGCAGAAUAACACUCCACUGUGUAUUGUGGCAAUAGCAUCAUCAAUCAAAUUUGAAACCACUAAUACACCUGAAGAAACUAAAUUGUGUCAUUAUCAUUUGCAUGUACAUUUUCUCCCCCGCCAACAUGUGCUAUAUCCGGGUUGUAUAUCCGGUCUUAAAUUAUAUGAUGCAAAAAUAACUAUGAAAACAAUAAAUAAUGCGAAAGGACAACAACCAGUUUCACGAGAAGUCGAGGCUAGGAACCAGCUUGACAAAGAUGCACAAGAUUAUUCUCGACGGGCAAACACACAACCACCAGAAUUAUAUGUACCUGGCUAUCGUGCAUAUAGUGCGCCACUUUUGCAGUGUUUAUCUACAUGGGCAAAUAAUCGUGACAUCAGUGAUGGAACCGUAUGGAAUGAUCCAUAUAGCUGGAAGGCUGAGCAACUAUUAGGAGAUGUAAUAGUUCGUUCGAGAGAAAUUAUUAUCGAUAAAAAAAAGGCAGAAGAAACGCUUGUCAGUAAUAUCCAAAAAAUACGGGAAUCGUGA